GAAGUUUCAACACAAUAUGAUCAAUACUAUCAAUUUGAAAAAUAUUCUCAACUUCAAGAUUCACAUUUGACACGUUAUGGUCAACAGAUCGAGACAUCUCCUUCGCAUUCACCUUUAUGCUCUUUAUGCACUUAUUGUCAUGCACCACAACAAUUUGAAAUGUCCACUCAAGCUCCUGUUUCUUUAAGAUCGUCUCAAUUAUUUGUACCAACAAAUUUAUCAAAUUUAUCAAAUUCAUCACAAUAUGACUAUCAAAUGUUAAAUUACGCAAAUAAUCAAUUUACAAAUCAAAAUAUGCACUCUCUCAAGCGUUUUAAUUCUUCGCUAUUUAUAAAGAAAUCUGAUGGAACGACAACGAAUAUAUUGAAUGAUGAUGAUUCUUUAGGUGUUGAUGAUAAUUUAUCAUCUGGAACUCAAUCGUCUAUUUCCCGAUACUUUGACCAUGGGUUGUUUUCACUGCUACAAUCAUAUAGGCAUCAUAUGGCAUUAGGUUUUCCACCGGCUGACACAAUUGUAGCAAAGACACGAAAGUAUGUAUGUAAUUAUCCGAAAUGUGGGAAAAGUUUUUCAACAAGUGGUCAUUUAGCACGCCAUAAUAAAAUCCAUACAGGAGAAAAGAAUUUUUCUUGCAAAAUGCCAGGUUGUCCAUCGAAGUUUUCGCGACAUGAUAACAUGAUGCAGCACUAUAGAACACAUCUCUCAAAGAGUCGAAG